UCAGACUGACGGAGCUACUCACUGUUGCAUCAACGCCGUCUGCUAUCACCAGCCGUUAGGUUAACUAGGCCAAGGACAUCUGUGAUCUGUUGACGUUGUGUGAGCAGCUGAGGAAUCUCAGUAUGUCCAGGUCCUCACGUCACUUCCUGUUGUCACCUUUCCAAAAUGAGAAGCUGGAGUACUACUUCCGGUUUUUAGCUCCAGACGAAGAUGGCAACUUGGAAAAGAACAGCAUCGCCAGGCUGAUGGAUAGAAUUCUUGACUUCACUGGCUGGGAUGAGCAGAGCCCCAUGGCCCACGAAUGUCGAGAGGUUCACGAGGCGUUCUUUGAGCUGCUCUUUGAGAAGGCGCGGGAGACUGAAGGAUCCGCUGUCGGCAAAGUGACGCUGGAGAACUGGCUGUCCAUGUGGUCAGGUAUUCUGCCGGGAGUGAUGUCAAUGCACAACUUGCCAGUGUGGCUCAGACUGAUGCCUCAGCUUCUGUUCAAGAUAGUCGAUAGGAGACGUCAAAAUUAUUUAACAGCGAACGACCUUGAGAUUUUCUAUAAGGAAAUGGUUCACCUUGACCCUGAUCAAGCGCACGAGACGGCAUUGGAAGCUUACGAUCACAUGACAGACAACGGCAGGUACCCUCUGGACCUUAACAGCUACGAACAACUUUUCGCCAAUUUCCUCAUCGGGAGGACGCCCUACGGACCUGGGCGUUAUAUUUUUGGCUGCUUCGAGCACGACGUUCAACCAUUCCAGCUUAUCGCCCCUGCCCCGGAACCUGACGAUAACGUGAUUGAGGUGAAAAAGGUCACGGCCGGCAGACGACCGUCAAGACAACUCAGUCUCGGCCAUUCUUAAGAUUUGUCUGCAAUUUAAAAAAAAUUAAAACAUCCUGUUAAUGCAGUUAUCUUUUUUUUUUUAAAUAUUCCAAUAAAAUAUGAAAAUGUCUUAAAGAUGAAAAGUUUCCUUGGUCCGCUACAGGUUUUUAUCCAGGCAUAUAUGGGGAGGGUGGAGGGGG